AGCGCCGUUGUUUGCUCUUUCAUCACUUUUAACUUAACGUGACUCGCUCGAGAUUUGAAGUUUGGGUCAAAACUUCACUAAAGCAGAAACUGAAUGAAAGCGACGCCGAUAGCGAUGCCCUGUUAGAAAACCCCUGGAGUCUGCAAGAUCUCUUCGUUUCUCUUUUAAACGCAUUCAUAGAGCAGAUCAUGAUGUCCGAUGCCAGUGAGAUGUUGGCUGCUGCCUUGGAGCAAAUGGACGGGAUCAUAGCAGGCUCCAAGGCCAUGGAUUACUCCAACGGCCUGUUUGAUUGCCAGUCCCCUACAUCUCCUGGGUUUCUGGGUGGUCUUCGGGUGCUGCACCUCCUGGAGGAUCUGCGGGCAGCACUGGAGCUCAUGGACAACGAGGAGCGGAACAACCUGCGCUGUCAGAUCCCAGACUCCACCGCUGAGGGGCUGGCUGAGUGGCUACAUGGGCGAAUGACCAAUGGACACAGCUCUGAGGCAGUCUACCAAGAGCGCCUGUCACGCCUGGAGAGUGACAAAGAAUGUCUCAUACUGCAGGUUAGUGUUUUAACAGACCAAGUAGAAGUUCAAGGUGAAAAGAUUCGAGAUCUGGACUCUUGCCUUGAACAACACCGUGAGAAGUUAAAUGCUACCGAGGAACUGCUGCAGCAGGAGCUUUUAAACAGGUCAGCGCUGGAAACUCAGAAGCUGGAGCUGAUGACAGAAGUGUCCAGUCUGAAGCUGAAACUUUCUGCAGUAGAGCGGGACCACAGAGACAGUGAGGGCUUGUACCAGGAAGUAACUGACCUACGAUUCAGGGUGACGGAUACAGAGAACGAAAGACUUCUGUGUGAGAAGAAACUCAGAGCUACUAAAGAUGAAAUGCUGCUCCUACAGACGCAGUUGGAUGAACAAGAGUUGGAGCUUACGAGACUGAAGGAUGAGGGCAGACUGAGAGCAGACAGCUGCAGCAGAGCAGAGGGAGGAGAGAGAGAUACAGAAAUGUUGAAGAUGAGGAGGAUUUUGGAGUCAUUGACAUCUGCCAAUGAUGAGAAGGAACAAAGAAUAAAACAACUUGAGGAGUCCCUUACAAAGUGCAAGAAAGUUCAAGAGAUAGACAAAGAGCGAUUUAGGGAAGAUGACUAUGCUGAUAUCCAAGAGGAUUCGUCAUAUCCAGUGUCCAUGGAGGUGGAUCAGGUCAUGGUGGAGACAGGAAGGAGCUCUGGAGAGUCUAUUCCAUGUAUAGCAGUUCUUUCUGAAAUGAAUGAAAUGGACAGGGAGCUACAAUUAAAGGCAACACAAAGUCUCGCUGAAGGCCCAGGGAUCUCACAAGAGGAAAGCAAAAAUAUACAGAUAAAAAAUAAUGAACGUACUAAAUCAAGUUCUGAAAGCUUUGGUAAUAAGAGGGUUCGUGCAUCUUUUGGUCGAGGAUUUUUCAAGCUGCGUGGGGGAAAACAUGGUGGUAGCACCUCAACUCUGGAAGUCGAACAUAAAGGCACAGAUCAUCUAGACUUGGCAGGGGUCAGCCCACAAAAAUCUGAAAAACCUUCAUCAACGUCAUCAGAAAUGAAAAAAAAGCCAAAGGGUUUAAUGAAACUUUUUGGCAGACUAAAGAGAAGUCACUCCACAUCUUUUAACCUUGAUGAAGCCGAGAUGGAAUUCCAGAGAGGAGGAGUCAGAGCAACAGCUGGCCCUCGACUCGGAUGGUCACGUGAACCAAAACACCAGCAAGUGUCCCUUAAAAUACACAUCUUACUGCUUCUGUGUCGUCUCAGAGCUGUAAGUGUCCCUUUCUCACAGUGGAGUAAGGAGGAGGUCUGUGCAUGGUUGCAUGAACAGGGCCUGGGACUGUAUGCUGCUCAAGGCCAGACCUGGAUAAAGUCUGGACAAACUCUUUUGCAUGCUUCACAACACGAUCUGGAAAAGGAGCUGGGCCUUAGACAGCCUCUCCACAGGAAGAAGCUGCAGUUGGCCCUGCAGGCUCUGGGAUUAGAGGAGGACGACCUUCAGGGCAGACUGGACCACCACUGGGUGACCAGAUGGCUGGAUGACAUCGGCCUCCCACAGUACAAGAGUAACUUUGAUGAGGCCCGUGUUGAUGGACGUAUGCUGCACUACAUGACUGUGGAAGACCUCCUGUCUCUGAAAGUGGGCAGUGUUCUUCAUCACCUGAGCAUUAAAAGAGCCAUUCAAGUCCUUCGACUCAACUCGUUUGAACCCAGCUGCCUCAGACGCAGGCCCUCUGAUGAGAAUAAUAUCACACCAGCUGAAAUCUCUCAGUGGACAAAUCACAGAGUGAUGGAGUGGCUCAGAUCUGUGGAUCUGGCAGAGUAUGCUCCAAACCUCAGGGGGAGUGGGGUUCAUGGUGGUCUCAUGGUGUUGGAGCCUCGCUUUAACGUAGAAUCUCUAGCUCUUCUGCUUAAUAUUCCUCCAAAUAAGACCCUGCUGAGGCGCCACCUGGCAACACAUUUCCACCUGCUCAUCGGCUCUGAGGCACAGCGGCUCAAACAGGACUGUCUGGAAAACCCAGACUACACUGUCCUGACGGCCACUGCCAAGGUUAAGCCGAGGCGUUUGUCAUUCGGUACCUUUGGCUCUUUGAGAAGGAAACGCCCGGAUGAUGCUGAUGAAUUUGUCUGCCCUAUGAAUGUGGAAAUGCCCAAGAACAGCAGCUUCCAGAGGGGGGCCCGGGUGUACAAGGACCACCUGGACCACCUAGAACAGAUGGAGGACUCUGAGGGGACUGUAAGACAGAUUGAAGUAUUUUCAGAAGGAAUAAACAAUUUGACAAGCAUGUUGAAGGAGGACGAGUUUUUCCGGGAGGUGACUGUGUGUCCUGAAGAUACAACACCAGAGACAGAAAACUCUUAAUGUGCAAUGUGGUGAAUUAUAAACUUGAGAGGAGAGGUAAUUGUGCCAACACCAACUGUGAGCUGAUCCUGUCCAAACAUUUGUACACACUUUUACUCUGAUCAUUCUGGUUUGUCUCAUUUUAGGAGUUGUAUAGCAGUUAUUAUCUAUAUUUAAAUUCGCGUUUCAUUUGUGGUACUAAGGGGGAUGCUACAACUACAAUGUUACAACUGUGGGAUGUUCGUUCAGUAGAUUUUGGUUUAUUCACAAAUU